UUUUCACUCGUUUGGCAUAUCCGUGAGUAGUCUCUGAAACAGGUAAAGAAAACCAAGCAAAAUCCAUGGCUUCCUUAUCAGUGGCCACCAUUUUAUCCCGUCUCUCUAUUUUGGGGUUUGCAUCAAAGUCUUCUUUAAACCCAUUAUUGAUCUCCCCCAAUAGUAGUAGAAUCGAGAGAUUGAAUCGAUUGAGAUCCUUCUCCAUGGCUUCGUCUCCUAAAGAAUCUCCAGCCAACAAUCCAGGACUUCAUGCUACUCCUGAUGAUGCCACUAAAGGUUACAUCAUGCAACAGACUAUGUAUCGGAUUAAGGAUCCUAAAGUCAGUCUCGACUUCUAUUCUCGAGUUCUGGGAAUGUCAUUACUCAAGAGGCUGGAUUUCCCGGAAAUGAAGUUUAGCUUGUACUUUAUGGGUUAUGAGGAUACAGUGUCUGCACCAGAAAGCUCAGUUGAUAGAACAGUGUGGACUUUUGGUCGAAAGGCUACGAUUGAGUUAACACACAACUGGGGUACUGAAAGUGACCCCGAAUUCAAAGGAUAUCAUAAUGGGAACUCAGAUCCUCGUGGCUUUGGACACAUUGGCAUAACUGUUGAUGACACAAUUAAGGCAUGUGAAAGAUUUGAACGCUUAGGUGUCGAAUUCGUUAAAAAACCAGAUGACGGCAAGAUGAAAGGAAUUGCAUUUAUCAAGGAUCCUGAUGGCUACUGGAUUGAAAUCUUUGAUCUCAAAACUAUUGGAAAAGUUACUUCUGAGGCUGCUUGAGAUAAUAUGAACCUUUUUCUGGUCCGUUCUCUUUGAUAAGAUUUACAAUCAAAGCUUCUGGUUUUUGGUGCAUCUUGUUCAGGCGAGCGUUCUUCUCACUUUUGCCCUACUGGAAUGGAAAGAAUGAGUAUUUUGGGAGACCCUUUGUUAUAUAUUGUACAAGAAUUGGUAUUUGUUAUUGAAAAAGAAUCUCAGGCUUUGAUUUUGAAUAAAGUGAUGAGUUGGGUUUUGCCAUUCGGCCA